CAGUCACUCUAAUGGGUAGAAAAUUGAUGAUGAAGAUAUAUAACAUAGAAUAUUUAAAGGUAAGUUUAAGGAAACAUCCAAAAAGUAGAAUAUAAUUAACAGAGGGGACCAAAAGACGGAUGACUUUGUCAACUUAUGCUGUCAUUUUGCGUUUCUCCCCUUUGUCUUCUUCUUCUUUCCCAAUAGACUCCUUCUUUCUGCUCGAGUCAGUUUUCUUUCUUUCCCCCAAAUAAUCACCUGCUACAUAUUUUCAUUUUUUGACCUUCUGAUACUCAGAAAAGGGUUGAUUCCAGAUGGGUUCAAGCGUCAGUCGCGGUGUAUCUUCUUCUUCAUCAUCACCACCAUCAUCAUCAUCAAGAAGAAGACCAUCUGGGCAGCAAAGCACAAGAAACAAGCUGUCAUCUUUCUUCCUCUGUGGUUCUUCCACUUCUUGGCAACCCCUUGAGAGUGAAGAUAAUCCCCAAGGUUCACCAAUCAAUUCUGUUGAAAAUGUUGCUCCUGACAGCUCUUGCAUUUCCAUGGAGCAAUCUUCCACCAUAUUUAGUUCAGAAGCUGAUUGUACAAGUUCCAGCGUUGAGACUGUUGCCACGUCUAGUGCCUAUAGCACUACUGAGUGUACCCCUUUUGAACUCGCCAGGACCAAUAGAGAAGAUAGCACCCGUGAAGAAUGUUUGUCAAAUGCGAGCAGCUCUAAUGCUCAGAAGGAAGGUGCAUCAUUGAUCUUUCCACAAAAUGAUUCUACAGAGGGUAAUCUUGUUGAAAAUCUUGAGAUUACGGCUCAUUCUGAGGUUUCUAGUUCUGGGAAUCUUGCUAUUGUCCCUGAUCCAUUAGGUAAUCAUGAGUUGUCUGCGAAUCAUAAUUCUGGCACAGCAACAACUUCUGAAACAAGUUCUAUAUUUGGGAAUGAGCUGGAUCAUGGAAGACUUGACGCCCUUCAUGUUGCGAUGGUGAGUAUCCCUUCCAGCAUCUUAUCUAGUAGCAUUGCUGAACUAAGUAGCAGUCAAGCAAGAAGUAAUAGGAGGCUUUAUUGGGAAGCAUUGUCAAGACGCAGUUUCAGCCAGAGUAAUGAUUCCCCAACUGUAGUUUUCGCGACAGGUCCUGCUGAUGAUAUCGGAUCCAAUGGGAGAUGGCUUCUUAACCUGAGUGGAGAUCUACACUAUGACAGAGUAUUUCGUGAUCCUGGUUACCUUGGUUCUAGAAGCAGUCGCCGGAAUGGGCGAAGAUGGCUAUUAAGAUCUGAGAUCUCAGAAGGACUUGUUCACGGUCGGGGUGACGGAGAGCGACAAACCAAUUUUUGUGCUUCUGGACUCCAUCCUGUUGGUACUUGCUCAUGCGAAUCUUUCUUCUCAUCAGAAGAGUCCAGUACUCUUGCAAGUAUUUCACGAAUUAUCAUGCUUGCAGAGGCUUUGUUUGAGGUUUUGGAUGAGAUUCAUCAGCAACCUUUGUCAUUCUCCCUAUCGAUGCUUACCAUGCCAGCACCGGAGGCAAUUGUGGACUCAUUUCCUCUCAAGAGUUUCAAGAAGUCAGAUGCCAGUGAAAGCAGGCAUUCUGAUAUACCACAGUGCUACAUUUGUUUAUCCGAGUAUGAGGAAGGGGAGAAAUUAAGGGUUCUUCCUUGCCGGCACGAAUACCAUGUAGCUUGUAUCGACAAAUGGCUUAAAGAAAUUAACAGGGUAUGCCCAGUUUGUAGAUGCAACAUCUGUGAAGAUGCUAUGCCUGAUUCUGUCCCAAAUACUACCAUGGUUUGAUUUCCUAUGAGGCAUUGGUGGAGUCAAAAUACCAACACCGGCUCAUCAUCCCUGGUAGAUGUUGCUUAUUGUUGGCAUGUGAGACUAGGUGCUGCCCACAAAUCUUGAAUCACACUGCAGUGAUGCAAACUGUAAAUAAAUAGAUACUACUGUUUCGUGAACAUAAAUGUAAAUAUAAAGAUUAGCUGAUGAAACUAGCUAAAAAGUGAAGUGACCCACUGGGGCUGGAAUAUGCUCAGUAGAGCUUGCAAUUUUUUCGCUUUUUAUCUGGUGAUUACUGCUGCAGUAACUGAAAAGCUAGUAUACAUCUAUCUAAGGAGGUGCUUGGACUUAGUUAAUGGAGUAAACAUUAAUUGGGUCCAGAAGCCCUGUGCUUAUAGCCAACGGCUUAUUGCACAAUGAUAGUGAUGAAAGUUGAAGAAUGUGGAGAUACACUCACAUUUAAGUUUGAUCAUCAUCAUUCUUCUAAUUUUGUUUCCCUUCUUCAUUUUGUUAUUUAUUUCACUCCCUCUAUUCCAAAAUACUUACCACAUUUGUUGUACUAAAACUUAAUUCUUCUAAUUUUGUUUCCCUUCUUC